ACUUGCUUUGUUGACAAUUCACAUUGAUUUUUUGUGUGUGUGUGUAAAAAAAAUCGACUUUUUCUGUCAAAUAGAACGAAAGCGGCAAUUUUUUUGUUGAAAGACAUUUAUUUUUUCAUAUUUUCCUACGGAUUUUUGUUAACUAAAGGCUUUUAAAGAGAAAAACGCUAUGGAUAAACCUGAAGCUGGACAAAAUAAUCAAAACUCCGCACCACCAGCUGAACCGGCACAAACUAAUUUACAGGCAAAUGCCAAUAAUAAUACGAACCAAAGCGCUAACAAUUUACAACAAUGUAAAAAACCUAGAAGCGAUUUGAAUUCUCUGCCCACGCGACAAUAUCUAGAUCAAACAGUGGCUCCCAUUUUAUUGCACGGCUUGCAGACUUUAGCACGCGAACGACCACCAGAUCCUAUUAGUUUCUUGGCUUCAUAUCUACUUAAGAAUAAGAAUCGUUGCGAAGAAGCCAUACCGGAGAAUGUAUAAAAUUGUGCAAAUGGAGGAAAGUAAAAAAAAAAUCAAGAAAGAAAUAGAGACCUUCGGCUGGGAUUUGCAGAUGUUUAUUUUUUAACUACUCUCUUAUAAUUCGUAAUAGUUUUUAAGUUAUAUUUUAACAAAAUUCUUAGUUGUAUAAGUUAGAGUUUCAGGUAAAACUUUUGUGUAUGCCAGUUAAUAUGGUGAGAAUUAAAAAGAUUUUGUCGAUCUGCUAUCAACUGCAAGCUAAAUUUUCUAUAAAAUUUUUGGAGUUAUUUUUAUUAUAAUAAGCCUUUUCCUAAUGGAAGACCGUAUGUUCUAGAGCAUAUGCAUGUGUGAAAUAAAUAUUUGAAAUAUAUUUUUAGGUGAUUAUCAUA